AUGACUAAAGAAUACCUCUUCAGCAUAUUAUUUGCACUACAUUUUAUAAAUCUAGAGAUGACCAGCUCAUAUUUGUCAAGCCAAAAAUUUUAAUUUAUUUCUUAAUUUCCUAAAUUGAUGGAAAAGUUUAAUGGAGUUUGCACAGCUUCAUUUUCCAUUCCAAAAAAUAAAGUCAAAUAAAUAAAUUUAACUGUAUCAUAAGAUGAUGAAAGUUUAGAAUACUCUAUAAAAUAGUUAUCUGAUAGUGAUUAUGACUAGAUUCAAGUAAAAGUACCUUUAAACAUAAUAAAAAGUGAAUUUAUUAAGAUUUCAUUAAAUUUGAUGUCAAUAUAAUUGAGUAAAACUGAAUUUAAUUAAAUUAACCUUCAAAGUUUUUCUUGCAGUUUGAGUGAUUCUUAAUUUAAUCUAGAUUUAAAAAAGAAAAUUAAUUAAUUGGACGAUUCUAGCCAAUCGUUAAUUAAUUAAAAUAAUGAGAAAAGAAUUUUAGAUUUUAGCUCAUAUUGUAAUAAUUGCUUGUAAGGAUAUUGUUGGUAAGAUGGAUGCAGAUAAUGCAAAACAGGAUAUUAUCUAGAAACAUAUAGUCACAGUGGUCAUAAUAGCCAUGAGAGUAGCGGUUAUUAUUGUUAGUAGUGUGAUUAAUCAUGUGAUAGUUGUUAAGAUAAUCCAACAAAUUGUUUGUCAUGUGCUUCAGGUUAUACAUAAUAACCAAAUAGCAAUUCCUGUAUAUGUUCUGGUAAUAAUUAUAUAGAUAAUAAUGGUAAUUGUUAACCUUGUAAUAAUUUAUGUAACGGGUGCUCAAGUUUAAAUAACUGCACAGGUUGCUAAAAUGACUUAAUUUUGAGUGGAGGUAUUUGUGGUUGCCAAGAUGGUAAAUAUAUCAACUAUUUGACUAAUACCUGCUCUAAUUGUGAUAAAACGUGUUAGACAUGUUCUAAUUCAACUAGUUGUAUUAUAUGUGCUUCUAAUUUAAUAUCUUUAGGAGUAAAUUAACUUUGUGGUUGUAAGGCAAACUAAUUUUUAAACAACUAAAAUACUUGUUAAAACUGUGAUUAAAGCUGUACAAGUUGUUCUAACGCAAUAAGUUGUACAACAUGUGCUCUUAAUCUAUCAUUACUUACAGGUUCAAACUCAUUAUGUGGAAAAUGCUCAUCAAAUUAGUAUAUUAAUAUUACAACAAAUACUUGUUAAGCAUGCAGUAAUAACUGUUCUACUUGUAGUAAUGCGAAUAGUUGCACUUCUUGUGUAGAUGGCUUUUAUUUAAGUUCUGGAAUUUGUUAAAAAUGUGAUUCAAGAUGUUAAAGCUGCUCUAAUUCAUCAAGUUGUAUUAAAUGUGCUAAUAAUCUCAAACUUCUUGGAAAUAAUCUAUGUGGAUGCCCAUAUAAUUAAUUUUUAAAUAGUUAAAAUUAAUGCUAAGACUGUGAUUCAACCUGUUCGCAGUGUUAAAAUGCCACUAGCUGUGAGUUUUGCAUAACAGGAUUAUAAAGUCUAGGAAAUAAUUAAUUAUGUGGAUGUAAUGGUAAUUAAUAUCUUGAUCCUAUUACAAAGUCUUGCAAAUAGUGUGAUAUAAGUUGUUCAUCUUGUACAAAUUCAACAAGUUGUGCUACGUGUGCCACAACUUUCAAAUCUUUAGGAAUAAAUAAAUUAUGUGGAUGUGCAAGCAACUAAUUUUUAAAUAGUUCAUAUAAAUGCUAAGCAUGCAACUCUCUUUGUCUAAGUUGUUCAAAUGCUACUAGCUGUGAUUCUUGUCCUCUUAAUCUUAAAUUACUUGGUGUUGGCUAACUUUGUGGAUGUUAAGAUGGAGAAUACUUAGAUUCUGUGACUAAUUCAUGCAAAUAAUGUGAUUAAAGUUGUUAAUCAUGCUUGAAUGCGACUAGCUGCAUAAAAUGUGCUAUUACGUAGACACCAAUAGGAAUAAAUUAAUUAUGUGGAUGCAAAAGUAACUAAUUUUUAGAUAAUAAUAAUCAGUGCUAAUAAUGUAACUCGAGUUGUGCAACAUGUUCAAAUUCAACUAGCUGUGAUACAUGCAUCAAUGCAUCGUUGUAACUUGCAACAGGUAAAUACUGUCAAUGUCCAACUGGUCAAUACUUAGAUAGUUCAUCAAAUUCUUGUAAAUCUUGUGAUUUAACAUGUUCUUCUUGCUCGAACUCAACAAGCUGCGAUUCUUGUGUUAAUAAUACUAUGAGUUCACUUGGUAAAAAUUCAAUUUGUGGAUGCAAAAGUAACUAAUUUUUAGUUAGUCUAUUCAAUUGUUAGAACUGUGAUAUAAGUUGUUCUACUUGUUCAAAUUCUACCAGUUGCGAUAAAUGCAAAAAUAAUCUAACUUUAAUUGGGCAAGGCUUGUUAUGUGGAUGUAAAGCUGGAUAUUUCCUAAAUACAAAUAAUUAUUAGUGUUAAAUUUGUGAUAGUAGUUGUAAGCUGUGUUCUAACGCCUCUAGUUGUGAUUAAUGUACUGAUACUAUGAUUCCUUUAAAUACAAGUAACUUAUGUGGAUGUAAAGCUAAUUAAUUUUUAGCAAGCAAUAAUACAUGUUAAAAUUGUGAUUAAACAUGCUAAACUUGUUUAAAUGGUACUAGCUGUAUAUUGUGUUAUAAUGGCUUAAUUCCUCUUGACAACUAGUUGUGUGGGUGUUAAAUUGGUUAGUAUCUUGAUUCAUCUUUAGCAUGCAAGGCUUGUGACAAAAGCUGCAAAUCUUGUUCAAACUCUUCUAGCUGCGAUACCUGUAUUCCUACUAUGACAUAAGUAAGCCCUUCUUAGCUAUGUGGCUGUACUCCUAAUUAAUUUUUAACAUCAAAUAACACUUGCUAAAAUUGUGAUCUAACUUGUGGUUCAUGUUCUAAUUCUUUAAGCUGCGACUCUUGUAUAGAUAAUCUCUAAAGUUUGGUUAUAGGAUAAUUAUGUAUUUGUUAAACUGGAUAUUUUUUCAAUUAUUCUACUAGAAGGUGCCAAUCUUGUGACAGAAGUUGUUUAACUUGCUCAAAUUAAAUAAGCUGUGAUUCAUGUGCUCCAAAUCUGCUUUCUUUUGGAACAGGUUAGCUAUGCGGAUGCUAAGGUAGUUACUACUUAGAUAACUAAAAUAAUUGCUAAAAAUGUGAUUCUAGUUGUUUAACUUGCUAAAAUGCUUCAAGUUGUACAUCAUGUAAAUAAGGGUUAUCCCUCAUAUAUUAGUUUAAUUCUCUCUGUGGAAUAUGCUAACCUAAUUAAUUUGUUGAUACCUCAAAUACCUGCCAGUCUUGUAAUUAAGUAUGCUCAUCCUGCUCUAACGCAAAUAGCUGCAGUAGUUGCAAAAAUAAUUUAAAUUUUAUUGGGUAAAACUAGUUAUGUGCUUGUUUAGAUGGUACUUAUUUAGAUUUAACAUCAUAUAAAUGCACUCCUUGCGAUAAAAGCUGUCUUACAUGUUCAAAUGCUACAAGCUGCAACUCUUGUCCUUCAAAUUCAAAUUUUUCAGUUUAUAACAAUUUAUGUACCUGCAAAACUGGAUAUUUUAUGAACAGUCAAUUUUAAUGCUAAAUUUGUGAUUUUAGCUGUUAGGAAUGCUCAAACUCCUCAAGUUGUGAUACUUGUAAAAAUAAUUUAACUUAAAUAGGAUAGGGCUAAUUAUGUGGGUGUCAUAUUAGUGGUUAUUACUUUGAUUCCUCUACCAACAGCUGUUUGAAAUGUGAUAAAAGCUGUAAAACUUGUUAAGAUUCAGCCUCUUGUGAUAUUUGUGCUCCUACAUUUAGCCCGAUUGGAACAGGGAAAUUGUGUUCAUGCUAAUAAAAUUAAUUUUUAAAUUCAUAAAAUUUUUGUUAAAAUUGUGAUUCUAGCUGUUCAGAAUGCCUUGAAGCAAACAGUUGUAAAACAUGUUCUGGAAGUUUAUCAUUUUUGUCAAAUACAUCAAAUUCUUUAUGUGGAAAAUGUCCAAUUAAUAAUUAUGUUGACUCAUCAAAUAUUUGUUAACAUUGCGAUUAAUCUUGUGCCACCUGUUCUAAUUCAAAUAGCUGUGAUUCUUGCAUUACUAAUUUAGUUUAAUUUUCAAAAAAUUAAUUAUGUUCAUGCAAUUUAGGCUUCUAUUUUAAUUAAUUAACAAAUUCAUGUCAGGCUUGUGAUAAAACAUGUGCAUCUUGCUAAAAUUAAGGAAGCUGCUAAUCUUGUGCAACAGGAUUAAUUUAAAUUCCAAAUAGUUAAUUAUGUGGGUGCAGUAGUGGAUUCUAUCUUGAUAAUUCAAAUAAUUGUAAAUAGUGUGAUAAAAGUUGUGUAACCUGUAUAAAUGCAACCAGUUGUAGCACAUGCACUUAAGGUUUAUCUUUUCUUAGUAAUAUUAAUUCUUUAUGUGGAAAUUGCUAAAGCAACUAAUUCGUUGAUACUUCAACCAAUAUCUGCCAAAAUUGUGAUGCAACUUGUAAAUCAUGCUUGAAUGCUUAGAGUUGCUAAUCAUGUUCUGGAUAGUUACUUUAACUAGGUAAAAAUUAAUUAUGUGGUUGCACCAAUGGUUAUUUUGAUUACUAAACAAAUUAAUGUAAACCUUGUGAUAAGUCUUGCUCAACUUGUAUUAACUCAUAUAGUUGUAUUAAUUGUGCUCCUACUUUAACUUCACUAGGUUAAAAUUUAUUAUGCGGUUGUGCUUCUAAUUAAUAUUUAGAUAACUCUAAUACUUGUUAAGCUUGUGAUUUGAGUUGUGCUACAUGCUCGAACAGUAAUAGUUGCAUUACAUGCAAUUAAAAUCUAGCAUUCUAUUCAGAUUCAAAUAGGUUAUGUGGAAAAUGUCUAUCACACUAAUUUGUUGAUUAGAAAUCAAACACUUGUAAAAAUUGUCACUCAAGUUGUUCUUCUUGUACAAAUGAAUUUAGUUGUUAAAGUUGUAUCAAUAAUUUAAUUAUAUCAAAUAAAAGUUAAUUAUGUGAAUGCUAAAAAAAUCAAUUUUUAGAUACUUUUAGUACCUGCUAACCUUGUGAUUCGAGUUGUCUAAGCUGUAAUGGAAACUAAAAUAAUAAUUGUCUCUCUUGCUAAUCUCCUUUGUACUUGCAGCCAGAUUCUUCUUGUGGUGAUUGCUCAUAUAAAGGAUAUGCUAUUUUAAAUGGUUAAUGUUUAUAGUGCCCAAAUAGCUAUGGAUAUUUUUUAGACCAAAGUAAUUCCUGUAAGUAUUGCUAUGGCUUGUAAGGAUUUAAAUUAAAUAAAACAUCUGGGUUUUGUGAAGAGAGUUGUGGUAAAGGUUUUAUAAGUUAAGCUAAUUUAACAUAGUAUACUUUUGCUAGGUCAGUUAUAUAAUGCGAUGAUGGAAAUCUUAUUAACGGAGAUGGAUGUUCUUUAAAUUGUUAAAUAGAACAAGGUUUUAAUUGUACUCUAAGUUAAAUUAAUAGUGAAAAUUAUAAAUCUAAUUGCUAAAAAAGUAACAUUGGAGCAAUACCUUCUCUUUUGAUUUCUUAAGAUGUAACCAAGGUAGGAGAUACUUACUUGAUAAAAGUAAUAGUUUAGUUUGAUCGCUAAGUUAAAAUCUCUGAAUAUAGCGAUUGGCAAAUUUAAGUUUAUGAUUCCCUUAAUAAUACUUUUAAAAAUUAUACUUACUAAAUUGUUCCUAUCAAAAAUCAGCUAUAAAUUUUACAAAAUUAAUAUUUCUAAAUAGCAAUUAGGACUAACCAGAAUAUUGCUAAUAUGAAUAUUUAAUUAUUAAUACCAAAGCAUAAUGAUGUGCUUGAUAAAAAUGAAGCGGCUUUAAGUGUAAACUAAGUUUAAGGUCCACUUCCAAAUUUGCAAUAGUAUUAAAAUUAAACUAGUGUAAUUGAAUAUAUAAAUUAAAUUUAAUCUCCAGAUUCAUAAUAAAAAAGUGAAAUUUCUGACUCAAUUAGCUUGGGAAUAUCAUUACUAACUAUCUUAAUGGUUCUUACAGGAAGCAACCUCAAAAAAACAAAAAACAAUUUGAGAACGAUGAAGAUUACUAAUUUUCUAAAAACUUUAAACACUUUGUAUUUUAUAACAAUCUUCUAAAUAGUUGACUGCAAAUUAAAUUCGUUUGACUUAAAGAUUUCUGAAAAUCCUUUAGAAAAACACUAAUUACUACUAUCCGCAACAAUAAUAAAUCAAAUAGGUAUUGGAGAUUUUGAAUGUAAAGGAAUUUUAGUAAUUCCUAAUCUUUAGAUAAAUGAAUCUGAUUUUAUGAUUUCAUUUAAUAGCUAAAGUCUAAGUUAUAAGGUUGGCUUUAAUAAAGAUAAUAGAUUUUUAAAAAUCUAUUUUUAGCUUUCUUUGAAGUCAUAUAACUAAGAAGAAAUUGUCCUAUUAGUACAAUCUAAAUCCUUUCUAAAUUAAAAUGAAUUUAUUCAUAGACAACUAACUUGUUAAUAAGUAGAAUUAAACAAUCAUUCUGCUUUUAAUAUGGAAUCUAAUUUAUAAAAAAGUCAAAUAAAUUUCAAUAAAAGAAUUUUACCUCCGAAUGAUAACUGCAGUUAGUGUCCACCAUCUAAAUGUACUAGAGAAACUGGAUGUAUAUCAUGCAAUAAUGGUUAAUAUUUGAUAAAAGUUUCUGACCUAAAUUAUUGUUAUUAAUGCAAUUCCAGUUGCUCUACCUGCUAAAACUCAACAAGUUGCUUGACUUGCGCAAAUAAUUUAGUAUCUUUAGGAACGGGGAAAUUAUGUGGUUGCUAAUAAAAUUAGUUUUUGAAUGCUUAAAAUAAUUGUUAAAAUUGCGAUUCCAGCUGUGCAACAUGCACAAACGCUUUAAGCUGUUUAACUUGUAUUAAUAAUUUAAAAUUAAUCGGAGCUGGAAAAUUAUGUGCCUGUUAAAGUAGCUAGUUUUUGAAUAGCUCAACACAAACAUGCUAAAAUUGUGAUAUAAGCUGUACCACCUGCUCAAAUUCAACAAGUUGUAAUAGCUGUGUUAACAAUUUAAUUUAAUUAAAAUCAGGUUUAUGUGGAUGUGGAAUUGGAUAAUAUUUUAAUAAUACUUCAAACAAAUGCUUUGCUUGUGAUCCAAGUUGCUAAACAUGUUUAAAUGGCAAUUCUUGUAGUAGUUGUCCAACAGGUCUAGUGUAGAUAUCAUAAAACUCUCUUUGUUCAUGUCCAAUUGGUUAAUUUUUAAACAGCUCAUACACUUGCUAGAAUUGCAACUCUUCUUGUGCCUCCUGCUCUAAUUCAACUAGUUGUAAUUCUUGUAUAAAUAAUUUAAUUUUAGUUGGUGUUUAAUAAAUUUGCAGCUGCCCUGCAGGGUAUUAUUUAGAUUCUUAAACUAUUAAAUGUUUUAAAUGUAAUUCCACAUGUUCAACUUGUUCUGAUUCAACUAGUUGUACUACUUGCGCUUCGAAUAUGACAUCUUUAGGAUCUGGUAUGUUGUGUGCUUGUUAAGCAAAUUAUUAUUUAGAUAGCUCUAAUAUUUGUUAAAAAUGCAACUCUACUUGUGCAACUUGCUCAAAUCAAAUAAGCUGUAAUACAUGUAUUAAUAAUUUAAUCUAGAUAAAAUCAGGUGAUAUUUGUGGAUGCUAAAGCAACCAAUAUUUAAAUACAACAACAAAUACCUGUAUUACAUGUGAUUUCAGUUGUUCAUCAUGUUAAAAUGGAAUUUCAUGCAGUGCUUGUACAGUAGGUUUUAUAUAGUUAUAAUCUAAUUCUUUAUGCUUAUGUCCGGAAGGUUCCUUUUUAAAUAAUUAAAAUAAGUGCUAAAGUUGUGAUUCUUCUUGCAAAACUUGUUCUAAUUCAACCAGCUGCAAUUUAUGUGCAAACAAUCUAAUUUAAAUUUAAGCAGGUUAGUUAUGUGUUUGCCCAACAGGUUAUUUCUUAUAAACUCAAACUAACAUUUGCUAAAUUUGUGAUUCGAGCUGUGCAACUUGUGCUAAUUCAACAAGUUGUAAUACCUGUGCUUCUAAUUAGAUUUUGCUAGGGACAGGUUAAUUGUGUGGUUGUUUACCUAACUAAUUUUUAGACAAAUAAAAUAUUUGCUAAAAUUGUGAUCUUAGCUGUGCUACUUGCUCAAAUUCAACAAGCUGCUUAACUUGUCAAGUUGGACUCUCUCUAAUUUCAGGUUCUAAUUCUUUGUGUGGAAAUUGCAGAACAGAUUAAUUUCUUAAUAAUUCAAAUAAUAGUUGUUAAAACUGUGAUCCUAGUUGCUCAACGUGCUCAAAUUCUAGCAGUUGCAUAACAUGUGUAGGUUCAUUAUAACCUUAAGGAAUAAGCUAGUUAUGUGGAUGUCCAAGCGGUUAAUACUUUAACUCUUAAACUGCUUCAUGCUAAGUUUGUGAUUCAAGUUGCACAACAUGCUAAAAUGCAACAACAUGUACAAGUUGUUAAUCUAGCUUACAAUUUUUAAUAGGUUCUAACAAAUCUUUAUGUGGAACAUGUCAAUCAAAUUAAUUUAUUGAUAUUCCUACUAAUUCUUGUUCAAACUGUGAUUUAAGCUGCUUAACAUGUUUAGAUUCUCAGAGCUGUAAUACAUGCUAAAAUGGUUUAAUUUCUUUAGGAUCUACAUAAAAAUGUGGAUGUCCACCAAAUUAAUACUUAAAUAAUUCAAAUGUUACUUGUUAAGACUGUGAUAUUAGUUGUUUGACAUGCUCAGAUGCAGGAAGUUGUAGUAGUUGCCCUCCGAACAAGUAUUUAUUAAAUGGUCCUAAUUCUCUAUGCGGAGAUUGUAGAUCUAACUAAUAUAUUGAUCUGACUACAAAUUCAUGUGUAAAUUGUGAUUUAAGUUGUUCAACUUGUUAAGAUUCUUCAAGUUGCUCAAAAUGUAUUAAUAAUUUAAUACCUGAUACAAAUAGUAAGUUAUGUAUUUGUCAAUCUGGCUAUUUUCUAAAUCCCCUAACAAACUUGUGUGAAUCCUGUGAUUAAACAUGUUCUACUUGUUCCAAUAUUUCAAGUUGUGCAACUUGUAAAUUAACCUUAAUAUCUCUUGGAUCAAACUUACUUUGUGGAUGUGCUAAUGGAUUUUAUUUAGAUACCACUUAAAUGAAUUGCUAACCUUGUGAUAUAAGUUGCUCUACAUGCAGUGAUAGUUCAAGUUGUAUUACUUGUGCGUAAGGUUUUAUAAAGAAUAAUUCAAAACCUUUAUGUUUAUGCCCAAUAGGUUAAUUUUUAAAUGCAUAAAAUACUUGUCAAAGCUGUGACCCUACUUGCAGUAGUUGUUCUGAUGCAAAUAGUUGCAGCUCUUGCAUUAAUAAUUUAACUCUAUCUUUAUCAACUAAUUUAUGCUAGUGUCCUAGCAAUUAUUUUUUAGAUAAUAACUAUAUUUGUUAAAAAUGUGAUUAAAGUUGCUUAAGCUGUUCAAAUGCUACAAGUUGCAACAAAUGUUAAAUUAAUUUUUCAUUUCUCUCUAGUUCUAAUUCUAUCUGUGGUGUAUGUGCUAAUAAUUAAUUUAUAAAUGCUUAAUCAAACACUUGUGAAUCUUGUAAUCCUUCUUGUGCUACUUGCACGGACUCUACUACCUGUAACUCCUGCAUUAAUAAUUUAAUUCCUUUAGGUCAGUUAUGUGGAUGCUCUGAUGGAUAUUAUCUUGACCCUGUUAAUUACAAAUGUAUAUAGUGUGAUAGUACUUGCAGCACUUGCUAAAAUGGAAUAUCGUGCUUAGUUUGUAAAAAUAAUUUAAUAUCUCUUGGAAACAAUUAACUGUGUUCAUGCUAGGUAGGUCAAUAUUUAGAUAUAUCAGGUUUUUGCAUAAAUUGUGAUUCCUCUUGUUCUAGCUGCUUAAAUUCUUCAAGUUGCAGUACUUGUUAAUAAGGUUUGUCUUUCUUAUAGCUUACAGAUUCUUUGUGUGGAGCAUGUUCAAGCAGUUAAUAUGUUGAUUAAUAUACAAAUACUUGUAGAAAUUGUAAUUCAUCUUGUAGUAGCUGUUCUGAUUCUUAAAGCUGCAAAACAUGUGUAAAUAACUUAAUUUAGGUAAAUAAUUCGUUGUGCGGGUGUGGAAAUAAACAGUAUCUUGAUUUAAGUUCUAACUCUUGUUAACCUUGUAAUGUAACAUGCUCUAGUUGCUCUAGCUAGAUUAGUUGCAUUAGUUGUGCCUAAGGUUUCAUCUCUUUAGGCUAAAAUUAGCUAUGUGGAUGUCCUAAAGGCUAAUAUUUAGAUAGUUCUAACAUUUGUUAGCCUUGUGAUCAAUCUUGUGAAACCUGCUCUAACUCUUCUAGUUGUACUACUUGUUCUACAGGCUUGCAUUUCAUUACUGGAGGUAGUUCAUUGUGUGGGCUUUGCUAACCUAACUAAUAUUUUAAUUAGGUGACAAAUGUAUGCUAAAAUUGUAAUAUUAGCUGUAAAACUUGUUCUGAUUCAAAUUCUUGCAUUAGCUGUGCUAAUAAUUUAGUUUUAAAUACUCAAAACUAGCUUUGCUAAUGCAAAAAUAAUUAUUAUCUAGAUAAUUUAAAUAAUUGUCAGGCUUGUGAUUAGAGUUGUGAUACUUGUAAUGGAGGUCUUAGUAACCAAUGUCUAUCAUGUAAGUUACCUUAUUUAUUGUAACCAGAUAAUACUUGUGGAAAUUGCACUUUAAAUAAUUAUGCUAUAGUAAAUGGAAAAUGCUAAUAAUGUCCAUAAAACUUAGGGUAUUUUAUGAACCUAAACAGCCAAUGCUAGUAUUGCUAUGGUCUUUAAGGUUUUUAGUUUAAUUCUACAAGUGGAAUUUGCUAAGAAAUAUGCGGCAAAGGCUAUGUAAACUAAUAAAAUUACACUAUGUACUAAUUUGCAAAGUCAAAUAUAUAAUGUGAUGAUGGAAAUCUAAUAGAUGGAGAUGGUUGUUCAAGUAAUUGCACAAUAGAGAACGGAUAUACUUGUCAGAAAGUCAAUGCAGUAAACUCUACUAAUUAUGUGUCAUAAUGUUAAAAAUCUUACUUAGGCGCAGUACCGCUUUUAUCAAUUUCUCAAGACAUUACUUAGAUAGAUGGCUAUUACUUGAUUAAAGGAUUAAUUUAUUUUGAUCGCUAAGUUAGAAUUAUGAAUUAUACUAAUUGGUAGAUAAAUAUCAUAGAUUUAUAGAAUAAUACAUUUUCAAAUUAUAGCUAUAUCAUAGUACCUGUUAAAAACUAAUUAGGGAUUUUGUAAAAUCAACAAUUUUAGUUAAUUAUAAAAUCAAAUAUAAAUAUAACAAAUAUGCAUGUUUAACUUAACAUUCCUUAAUAUUAAGAUGUGCUUGAUUCUAACAGCGCUGUUUUAAGUUAAACAUAAGCCUAAUCUUAGCUUCCAAACAUAACUCAAUACAUAAAUUAACCAAAUUCAUAAGAUUUUGCUUAGCAAAUAUAGUACCCAGAAACUUAGUAGCCAAGUAGUUUAUCUAGUUCAAUCAGCUUAGCUCUUUUUAUAUUUAUGAUUCUUUUGUUAGUAGUUGGCAAACUCUACUACUUAGUCCACUUUUAUGAUAUUCUCUAAUUUAUCUAUUAUUUGAUAUACCUGAAUGUCUCAUAUCCUUAUGUUGUUUGCUAGAUUCUUCAUAUCUUUAGUUUUUCAAGUUUCUAAUAAAUACCUAAUAUUUCAAAUCCUAACACUGUUGCUCCUUUUAAAUUUUAGCUUUAUCAAGUUGAUACACUUAUAUUUUCUAACAUAAUUUAGCUAGUUUGUAUAUGGUCUUUUUCUUAUGUUAUUUUCUUAAUAUCAAAAGUUGCUAACAAAUUCAAAAUGUCUCGUUCUAAUUUUUUAGUUAAUUAACUUCAGAUUUACUAUGAAAAUUAUUUUUUAAAUAUUGUGAUUGGUCUAGGAUUAAUAACAUACUAAGAGUUUUUGAUAGCAGCUUUACUCCAGUUCUUUAAUUUUGAAAAUGAGAAUUUCGUAAACAUACUAGGAGGAUCUUUAGCAUUAGCAUUUAUAGGACUUUGUUUAGUUUUAGCAAUUUCUUCUAUUUACAAAAAUUCUCUUUAAAGAAAAUUUAAUUAGGAAUAACUUUUCUUAAAUUGGAAGCUUAGAAACAAUAAUUACCUUUACGUCGUAAUCCUGAUAAGAAAAACUCUAAAUAUUUUAGUUAUAGUCUAUGGAAAAUAAGCAAUAUCUUAGAUUCUCACACUUCACAUGAUAAUAGGUAUUGAAACUCUUAUUGUAAAUCAUCAAAAGCCAUUUAAAGAAAUCAUUGAAUACAAGUUUUAGUUUGUAAAGAGGACUAUGAUGCUUUUAAUUUUAAGCUUUAUUGCUUGUUUAUGUUUUAUUUAAGAUGAUUAAGAUAAUCUUAACCUUGCAAAUACAGCUAUUUCAGUUAUAAUAGCAGUUCUGUUAAUUAUCUAGUUAGGAAUGCAUCUUAUUUAUUUUAUUAGAUAAAUAGUAAUUACUUUAGUAACAUACAUAAAAAACCAGAAUAUAAAGAAUCAAAAUUAAAUUGUUAAAGCUAAAAAUGAGCUUUUACUUUGA